UUCUGGAGUCAUACGGAGGAAAUUUGGAUGUCGCUCUACCCAUUCAGCGGGAGGUCGCUGGGCAGGCUCAAGUGUUUCCGGGUCGCGUGGCGACCUUGUCGCGGUGGCCGGCGGAUGGCUCGCAUUAUGGAACCACUGGCAAAGAAGAUCUUUAAAGGAGUUUUAGUAGUUGAGCUCUUGGGCGUUUUUGGAGCCUAUUUUUUGUUUAAUAGGAUGAACACAAGCCAAGAUUUCAGGCAAACAAUGAGCAAGAAAUUUCCCUUCAUCUUGGAAGUUUAUUACAAAUCCAUUGAACAGUCUGGAAUGUAUGAAGUCCGAGAGCAAGAUCAAGAAAAAUGGCUGAAUAGCAAAAAUUAGGAGUACAUGGCAGUAAAAAAUACAAUGGCCACUGUCAUUAUCUGAGGAUCUCAGACACAAGAUACAAAGCUCCACAUAUGAAUGGUGGCAUCUGUUCACAAGUAACUUGGAGUAACCUCUUCACAAAAGCCUUCACCCUGCGCAGCACGAUGUCAGCUUUCAGAGAUUUGAAGACAAGAUUAAGAAACAGGGCUUGCUUAGAGCACAUCAUCAAUCCUGGAUCCAACAUCUUCCUAUUAAAAAAAACAAGAUCAAAUGCUUAUUCAUAAAAUAUCUCUACAACCAGCAGUAGAAGCAACUGCUAAUACCUCAUCUUAGUUAGGGAUAACCUUCCUGUUUGUUUUAGAAGACACCUAAGAUGUAAAAUGGAAGUCAAUGAACAAAACAGAAAAAAUUAUCUUGGGAAAGGUGGGAAUAUUACAGGAGAAGGACUUUU